GAAUUGUUUUCGUUUAACUGUCACCUCAGCUAUGCCUUGAAAAUUUGAUUAGAAAAACCAUAAAAGUGAAUGGCGACUCGUGCCGUGUGUUUUGAAAAACUAUUUCAUUCGCAUUGUGUCGAAGUUAUUCCGUUUAAACUCUAGUGUUUAGUGUAUUUCAAGUGUUAAUAUGACAUCCGUUUAUCCAUUGCGGAUUUUCGAUGAGAAAUUCAACUAUAUCUACAAAAUCUGCUUGCAGACCAGCUUACCGCCGGACGUUGCUUUCACAUUAUGUGAUAAAAAUUUCCCGGCCGAGAGUUUUGGUACGCUUACUGUAUCAGAGUGGGAAGCAGUGUUAGCUGGUACCGUGUUGAGUGGGACUGGACAGGAGGUGUUUCGACGAAUUUCUCAAUGGAAAACUGCUCAGGCAAUUGGUCCGAAUGAGAGCUGCAUUCCACCGUUGGAACCGAGUAUGUACAUGUUUCAGCUUGAACCCUCAGACAUACAGCCAGAUGCGCAGCAAUUCUCCGGUACCAUGAAUACCCCGUGCAUCGAAUCCAAUGAUGCGGAUCCGAGAAAACUGUCCGAGAAGACUGGCGGUGAUAAUUGCCCCACAGGUGGGGCGACAAGUGGGAUGAUGUGUAAGGUUGAACCACUCGGUUCCGAUACCGACAGAAAUUGUAGAAGUGUGACAGUUAGCAACACUGUUCAAAAAUAUGAAAUUUGUUACAACAUGAUGGAAGCUGAUUUCGAAAAGCAAAUUGACGAACAGAAUUCAAACGAUUUCGCGAGUACAGCUACGAAUGUGCAACAGGAAGCUUAUUCCGAGAAGCAAAUUGACGAACUCGAUUCAGACGGCCUCGUGAGCGACGGCACGGAUGAUAAACAGGAUAGUGGUGAGAUAGGCAAGCUAGCGGUAAACAUAAGUGGUGUAACCAAGCUAUCGGAUGUGUCCAAUAACAUGGGAAUUUCAGCUGCUGGUGCAAUAAGCCCGCUAUUAUAUGAGCAACAAGAUGCAUCGGCCGUUGGGGUUUCCUCAGGUGUUCUUAAGCCAACAAUCGAUCUCCAACCUCAGUUUGCCAACACUCCAUUUUUUUCACCAGACGAUCUGAGUCAUCUACUGGCCAAAUCGGAUGUCGGACAAGCUAUUAUCCAGAACAGCUUGAAAGGACCGUUAUCGAAGGAUAGCAGAAGGAAUUAGCUGGCAUCAUAGCGAAUCACCAUCUUUCCUGUCACUCUGCUGGGAAUAACGUAGCAUUAUGUCGGCUACCGAAGGCGGUGCUUGAGAACUACGUGAAUUGUGUGAAGCUGUGAUUCCCAGCCGAGAACAAUGAUAUGGUAUAAAAAUUGUGUAUUGGUAUCCAUAUAUGAAAA